GGAAGGCCAGAUCGUUGGUGAUCAACUCUAUUACUGGAAUUUGUGAAUAUUAUGCCGGUAGGAAUAUUAUCUGACUAAUCAAAAAAAAGUUUUGCACGUAGAGGAAAACGAAGAAUCAUGACUUACUAUCGUCCUAUUUACGAUCCUCGUGACGAAGCAUAUCUCGCUGCACGGACGAAUGCGCAUGAAUUUGUGAGAGAGACCCACGUCAGAGCGGCUACUAUUGUGCCCAGUUACACCCGAUUUGCGAUGGCAAGAGGAAUGUACUCGGAAUUGAAUCCCGUUUACAACGAGGUGUGUCCGACUCCACAAAUGGACGAAAAUCUUUUUCAACAACACCAGAACGUCAUACCAUCGAAUUAUCCACAUCAGUAUAACAGUCCAGUAGAGUCUCAUAAUCAACACCUUACAUCUAUUGUACCAUACGGACACUCGACUGGUCAACGAUCGUUUUCACCGGGAAUGUCAGGAAGUGCAGGCGACUUACGAGGCAUGGGAAUUCCGGGGCACGUAUCGGCGGACGCCGAAGCACAUUAUUCACCGAGCCCGCGAGAUCUUACCACCGUUGCUAAUCGUCCAGAUUUACAAUGGAUGGUCACAACAAGUAACAUUGACAUGAGGACCAUUACGCCACCAAAUGCCGUAGUGUCACAUUCAGGCCACAAUCAAGGAAUGCAUUAUAACUCUGCCUUGCCACAAGGAACGAAUUCGUCGGCUGUAUCUAUAUCUCACACUGGUUUUGCCGGACCAUCAUCAUCCACAAUAGAUCAGAAACCAAUCGCAAGAAAUAAGAAUGGAAAACCAAAAGGAACGCCUGGAAGAAAACGAAAAGUCGAAGACCAUGUUUUGUCACCAGAAGAAGCAGCAAAGCGUCAUUUAAGAAGAGAAAGAAACAAACUCGCUGCCGCAAAAUGUAGAAAUCGCAGACGUGAAUUGACUGAUCGUCUGCAAGGAGAAACCGACAUACUCGAGGAUCACCAAGGAAUGCUUACACAAGAAAUCGUUUCCCUGCAACAAGAAAAAGACCACCUUGAAUUCAUAUUGGCGUCACACAAUCCGGUUUGUAAAGUUUUACAAACUAAAUCUAUGAAUAUAGUCGGAGAUCAAAGUCCUAAAGAUAUGCACUCAAUGGGAGCUGAUUGCAUGGCUCUCCACGACCACAGUGCGAAUCUUGUGUCACCAAUGGAUGUAAGCAACGACUUCGGACACUUGAGUUCUGGUAACGGACGCCUAAACAAUGGACAAGCCACAACUGUAUCCGUUAUACAAGCCGGACCGUCCAUGGGUAGAGGCGUGAACGAAAACACAUACCCACAGCAACAAAGUUCUGUAAUAGUCGACGGACUCAUGCACGGUCAAGGAUAUCCAGAAGAUUUGAGGACGUCAUCUCAAAACCACUCAGGAAGACGUUUUCCCGACGGCUUACAAACUUUGGACCUUGAGCAAGUGGUAGCAGGCGAACCUUUAAACACUCCAGCUUGCACACUUGAAACCCCAUCUAAUACAUCAGCCGUUUUUACAUUCCCGAACACACCUUGCGUCACUAGCAAUUCGAUAUUAAACAACGGGAUGGCUUUCCAAGAUAACUUCAGUUCCAUAAAUUCAACAGAAUAUUCCUGUAGUUCCGGAACGGUGAUGUCGACUGGGAACUUUCUUCACCCAAACCAUGCUCAAAUGCAAUAUAAUGCAUCACAGGGCGUUAUCACAUCACAGGAAGGAUGUGCUGCUGCUCAUAGGCGGAGCUCAUCAAGCGAAAGUCAUCACAGUCCAGACUCAGUUCAAUCACCAAAAUUGCUGUCUCUUUGAGAGUGAGGGCGAAUAAAAACUUUAGCCAUAAAUAGGCAAAGUUGGACAUUUCUUUAUUGAUGCAAUCCGAAUUUAGUUUUUUUUUUAUUACAGUCUUAAUCAUUCCAGUAGUAAAUGCUUUUCAGUAAGUCGAAAAUAUGAUGGGAAUUAGGUCAUUCCGUCAAGUCUUUCGAGUUCAAAUUAAAAAACUGAAAUUGCCAUUACAUUUGACAGAUAUAUCGAUGAUACGAUUCAAUUUACCCCUUCUCGUUAUUUAAUAAGUUUUAUUCUUUGUUGUAUUAUAAUUUCAAUGUUAUUGGUUUUUAUUACUUUGGGCUGCUUCUAUUUUAUUUUCCACUUUUUGUUUUUUUCUUUGAGCUGAAGGUGUCUGAACUGAUUUUUGCCCGUAGUGUUGAUGAGACAAGGUGUGAUAGUGAUAUAAGCAAAUUUUAAUUAUUUGCUAAUUUAAUUUAAUGCAACAUUUCAAAACGGUUAUUAAUUAUGCCAUAUCGCAAAAAUAUUUGAUUUGAGUGUUGAAAUCGAGUUAUUUGAGAAUUAAAUUUAUAGUUCUCAGCGUAGUAAUGUCCAAGCUGAUCCGCCUAUAACAUUCUGUACGUGGUCUCCAUGAAGCACUUAAUAUUAUAUAAACCCUAUAGAACGACAAGAACGUGUUGAAGUUGAAUUGUAAUUAUUGAUUUAUUCAUUUAUUUUCCUUAAAUUUACUUCUUAUUUUUAUUCAUAUUCAGAAACAUAAAUAAAUUUCAAAUUGUCCAGAAAAAAGUUUAAAAAAAAACAGUCUAAUUUAUAUCAUUUUUUCUGUUUGUUAUGUUUUUUCUAAUUACCUUGUUGAUUUUUCAAUUGCUUUAUUUUUAAUUCAAUACAACUUGCACAAAGGUGACCGCUAUACACUGCGAUGAUUUACUUUUUAAAUUUUAUUUCGAGGACCAAAUUUUUAGCUUUUCUUGCUUAAAUAUUUUAUUAUCGCUGCUUUUGAGAUUUCAACUCAUAUCGAUAAAAAAAAUACAUCUGAAUGUACAAAUCUCGUAAGCUAUAACAUGCGCUUGCUUUUAGAUAUAUAAUGGUAGCAAUUGCCCAUUCUAUUGUGAGGGAAAAAAACGGUACCCCCCAAAUGAUUACAUAUAAUACUAAUCGGAGAUCGUUCCUUUUUUUUUCAUUUUUCAAAACUUCGUUAUUAUUUUUGUUAGUAUUUAUUUAUAUUUCCAUUUUUCUUUCUGUGAUUUAAUAAUGAAUUAAACGGAUCAUUAUCACGAA